CGGUAGAGAGCGCGCGUAGUCGUAAAAUGAGACGCUGGUGUGAGGUGACGCAGGGUGACUCGUCAUUUCUGCGAACCACUGCGCUGACUGCACUCGCGCACGUUAGAGCGCAGGGCGACGUGUCGCCGUUUCUCUGUGACUUUGCUGGAGAUGGAAGAAAAGCUUAUUGAAGCCGUGCGUUGUCGUCAAGUUCUUUAUGACACAAGCCACAAGGAUUAUUUACGAACGAAGUUGAAGGCUCAGAAAUGGCAGGAAGUUGCCAAGGAAGUUGGCAUACAAAAUGGUGAUGAAGCGAAAGGUCUCUGGGAGAAACUGAGACAUUCGCUGAGAGAUGCUCUCAGAAGACAGCAAAAGUGCUUGAAAAUAGGAAUACCGGCUCAAUCUAUUAAACAGUGGAAAUUUCAAAAGCACUUGAGUUUUUUGCUACCAUAUAUGGCAAGUAAAACUCGAGAAGGAAACUUAGACGAAGAUAGUGAAACCGCCCCGCAACCUUGUGGCACCGACGAUUCACCUGAAGUAGUUGACGAGCGUGUGUCGAACGUGCAGCAGGGAAUCGGAAGUGCUCGAAGCGAGGCUCCGCCACAGGCGCCUCCUGACACUUCAUCUGCGACGCAAGCGGAGGUUCCCACCCCGGCAGCCAUCGGCACACGACCUGCCAAGAGGAGGAGGAAAGAAACCGUUGCUGGUUUACUCAAACGAAGCAUGGAGCAGCAGGAAGAGCGAAGAAAAUGGAGAUCGGAAGAAAGAAAAAGGAUUUUGGAACAACUAAGUGCCCCAAGCGAUUCUCUCUAUCACUUCUUCCUGUCUAUGUACGAGGUGACUAAAACCAUGCCACCGCCGUCGCAGUUCGCCGUCAGAAACAACGUUUUCCGUGUCGUUACAGAUGUGGAGGCCACGUUGCUGAACAUUCCAGCAGAACAUUCGCACAGAGCUCCACAGUCGUCCCAAACAUCUGGUCACUCCUGGACCAGAUCAUCGACUCCUCACGCCUCUUCCCUCUGCGAUAGUCCAAUGAGAUAUACAUUAUCACAGACGUGCGAGGAGACUUGUGAAAUGAAACCGAACACAUCAACUGCAGGUUCAGGUCAACGAGGUUUGGUCAAAUACGAGUAUUUUGAUCAUCUUUCUCAAAACUGAUUUAUCUUAAAUACGUAUUUCACUAUUUAAGGGACCUAAAGUGUAUGGUGCUUGUGACUCUUUCGCAUAUUUAACUUGCUCUCGUUUAUGUAAUAAAUAUUAUUCUGUAAAAGCUACAUUUUUAAUUUCCACCUUUAGUACGUAUAGAUAAUUUAAUCCUAGAUCCCGGAAGAAAUGCUGUGAGAGACCUAUUUACAGGUUUGUCGGUGAUAGCGCCCAAUUACAAACCAUUUUUU